AUGGCGAGCUUCUUCCAGUCCUUCCGCAGCUCGUCGAUGCCCAAGCGGCUGCUGCGAUAUGCGCUUACACGACUUGACCUGCUCGAUUCCGAGUCACUGGACAUGGACAACCUGGACUUGGCUUUGGGGAAGAAUACAGUAUUCGAGUUCCGCGAUGUUGGCGUCAAGCUCAAGAAAUUGGAGAAGCUAUUAAGACUUCCAGACUCUUUAACACUUCAGAAGUCGAAGGUGCAUGUCCUCCGCAUUACGAUCCCGAUGGAUUUCUUUACGAGCCCGAUAAUGGUCGAAGUUGAUGGAGUGUCUGUAUCCGUUAGGGUGUCCGGCCGAGAGUUCACGAUUAGUCCGCCCGAUGGGAAUACAACCAAGGAUUCGUCCAUUGUUCCGGAUCCUGUUGACCUGGCUCAAGAGUUCCUCAAGACUCAACCCUCCUCCGAAAGAGUGAGGCUAGAGGAGGCUCUUGCAUCAGAAACGCAAGAUCUGGGCGCCUCCGUGUCUGUGAGCGAGGAUGGCAGCGACGAAGAGGCACCUCUCGGUACAGGACAGAGCCUCUCUCUACCUGCAUUCAUGGCCGAUUUCAUUCAAGGCAUAAUAGACCGGACACAGAUAAAGAUCAAGGGUGUUUCUUUCCAAUUGGAUGUUGAGGUCCCCCUUGACCCCAAUUCCCCGGCCCCUGAGUUGGUAUCAUUCCAGAUAGCCCUCGAGGAUAUCGAUGUGGAGGGCGUUACAACCAGCUCCCCCGUUCUGGAACCUGAAUCGGCACAUGUGGGACUCAAAGAGGGAAAGAGACGUGUAUUAUUGAACAACGUUCGCGCGUAUCUGAUAUCUGAAGCAAAUGUGUUUUCUACAUUUGCGCAGUCCCCAUCAUCCCCAUCACUUUGCUCCUCUCCAAAGUUGACGAGAAGUUCGUCAACUCAUGAUCAUGAAGACUUGUUGCGGAGUCAUCAUGAAGACGAUGACCAAAACAUGUCCAACUCACAGUACAGUGUGCAGAGUGAGUCUAACCAAGAAUAUCAGGAUAGCUCAGAUCGUUCAGGAAGUCCUCUUGGCGACAGCGAGGUAGCUUUGGAUAUUCCAUACGACUUCGAGGAACGCGAAGAAGAAAGCGUGGAGGACGAAGGCCCGGCAACACCUCGAGCUUCUGUGUAUCAUGGGCUUGAUGAGUCUUUGGAGCAAUCUGUGGACCAAUCCGUCUUCCAUUCUACUUAUCUCCCCGACCGCCGCUUGGCGAAUACGACGGCCUUUGAAGCAGAUAUUCCCCAGUGGACAAGCACUCACACCGAAGCAAGAUCAGAGCCAGCAUACGUCGACGCACUUCCGUUGGAUCGCUCGAUAGCCCCAGAGACGGAACCAACAACGGCAUCCCCAGUUAUUGGCCGAGAGGACAGACGGUUAAGCAGUGGCUCCGAAGAAGAUCUUACCCAGUCACAUCUCUACACUCGCGAGGAAGCCGAAAGUAUGUAUCUUAGUGCUUUUUCGAGCGACGAACGCGCUUCUCUCCGAGGUUCAACCUAUUCAGAGGCACCAGCUUCCCAUCCAUCAGCGAUUCAGGCUACGACCAGAGAGGCUUCCCCCGAAAAGGCUGAUUAUCUAGAAGAGCCUGAUUUGAAGGACAAGUUGGACCCAAAGAUAGAAACAGACUCAGAGGCGGAACCGGACACAUCAGAGGGACCGGGCCUAGAGAAGAAAGAGGAUCCUUCAGAUGAGCCGAUCUCAACGAAUGAAUUGGAAUCAGAAAACAGACCAAGCUCAACUCACGGAUUCGAGUCGAACACCCCCACCCGCCAGGCCUCGCCUUCGCCUUUGGAAGAGAGCGUUCUUGAAGAGUCACAAUCCGACCGAAUUCAAAUGCCCGGUGGCUGGGAUGAAUCUCUAGACGAGUCUGAAAUUCAGGUCGAAGAACAGACAGGGAAACCCCAUGAUUCUCUGGGCGAAGUAUCGUCGUCAAAAUUAUUCUCCAAGACUGAUGAUAAUGAUCCUCCGGCAGAUAAAUCAUCUCCAUUUGAUGACAAUGCCGGACAAGAAGAUGUCGCCACACCAAAAGGACCGCCUCGACUCGUGAAAGAGAUCUUCGCCCUGGAUCGGAUAUCCCUUUUUAUUCCCCACGGCCAUCAACAUAUUCAAGUACACCUCGACCCAGCAAAUGAAGCCCAACAAGAAGCUUUGAGCAAGUCAGGCUAUCCGCUGGCUCCCGGCGCCUUUUCGGUACAUGGCUCGGAAAAGGGCUUACAGGGGCAGGAGACAGCAUCGUAUCUUGCGCCAGGAGACGAUAAGAGUAUUGAGGUUUAUUUGUCCCCAGUAUCUCUCAGAUUUGAUACUUCUAUUGGCUUCCUUCUCGCGAUGGUGGUGGCAAGACUAAUAGAAGCCCUGAAACCACAGGGCGAAGCUCCUAAACCUGAAGACGGCGACAGAAGUGGAGAGCCUAAAGACAACGGUCCUAACAUCAAGGUCGUCGUUGAAGAAGUUUCCAUGAGCUUUGUGAAUCAUGUACCUGGUGUGGCUGACACCGCCAAGCGAUUCGUGGAUCCAACAGCCUUUAUUCUGGACCAUGAGGUUCUCUUGAAUAUGACCCUGCAAAAUAUUCGUAUAUCUCGAGAGUCUACCUACGAAGGAGUCGUGUCCAAGGCUAAGAAAGGAACUGUUCCACCGACGCCCAUCGUAGUAACCAAGUUGGAGCUCGAAAAAUUCCGCUUUGGGUAUUCUGACGAUGAUAUUAUUUCAUUUGAUAAGGCACAGCCCUUGAGUAUGUCAGUCCGGGAUACUUUUCUCUCUGCAGGUCAUGAUAUUGGCAUCAAGAUCACGCAGAUUGGUACCAGGAUGCGAACUGACAUUGAAACCUUGCCAAUGGUUGUGCAUAUCGAUCUGCAGCGACUUGAUGAGACUUUCAAUUGGUUUGGUGGUCUGAGCAGUCUUAUUCAGAUGAGUUCAUCUAUCACAUCCAAUUCUCCACCUGUGGCAAGUGUACCAAGCCAAAAGGCGAAGCCGCGUGGUGUCCGAUUUGAGACUCCUCUUGAUCCCGAGAAGCAAGUUGCACCUGAAAACAAGACAAACCUGAGGAUUGGAUCUGCCCGGAUCACACUCCAGGGCAAGGAAUGCAGCCUAACUGCCUCGUCAAGUGCAAUCAAAAUGGUCAAUCGAGACGAGGGUGUAGGUAUUGCCAUCACUGCUCUUCGUGUUGCUGGUCCGUAUCUCAGGGCCUCCAAAGCGGAGCCAGCCAUUUCCAUCGAUGUUGGUGGUGUGCGCCUUGAUUUUCUCAUGACUCCCACAGACUCAGAUCUGGAGAGACUUCUCGAGCUCAUUUUGCCAUCGAAGGUCAAAUUUGAUCAAGAUAACGAUGAAAUCAUGGUUGACACGCUUUUGCGGCAGAGGAAAAAGGGAUCGGUUCUGCGAGCCACUUUGGAUAGCGUCAACGUCCGCGUUAAACAUCUGGCUACUCUACAGCUUCUUCCAAAUUUGGGAGAAGAGUUGGCAAAACUUUCCACGGUCGCAAAAUAUUUACCUGAGGACGACAGGCCUGGACUACUUACCCUUGGUAGAGUCCAAAAGAUGAGCGUCGCCCUCCAAUGCGAUGGUCGGCUUGGAUUUUUCGAAGCCAAUUUGACCCAACUCGACGUUGGCCAUAUUAGCAUCCCAUCACUUGUUGCAGUCGCAUUGUACGGCCUUGAAGUGAAACGGAACGGGGCAGAUGAAGUCAUAAACUCUUUGGAUAACACCAUGAGAGAGGGCCAUGAAAGAAACCCAGUUCUCAUGCUCCGGAUCAUUGCCGAUGAAAUCGACUCUGUCAUCAAGCUCAAACUUCAGAAUCUCAUCAUCGAAUACCAGGUCCCGUUUAUUAUGGAUAUUCUCGGCUUGGAGGAUGAUGCUACUCCACAGGAUUUUGAGGCUGGCCUUGCAGCCUCGGUAGCCAACCUUGGUGAUCAGGCGCAAGCUACUUUGAGACAAUCAGAGGCUGAGAACGAGAAAGCUCCAGCAAAGAAACCCAUGGGUCUCGAUAUUGGGUUUAGGGACUGUGUGAUUGGGCUUAACCCGCUAAACCUGCAGUCAAAGAUGUUGGUAGCCCUCACCGAUGCUCGCCUGGAACUCAAUUUGCCGCAGGACGUUGAAAUGAAGGUCAAGCUGGGUAUUAAGAAGUCCUCGAUACUCCUUAUAGAUGACAUUUCCGCUGUGUCAUCUAACAGCGCCAAAUCACCUAGCCAUCGCCGUUCAACGUCGAUAUCUUCUCGACAGAUCAACGAGUUCUGUGCUCGAGGCUUUGUUAAUGUUUGCUUCAUAUCUUCCGCCCAAGUUCUCGUUGACGUGAAACCUGGAGUUGAACUGGAGCGCCAGAUUGACAUCGAAGUCCGAGAUGACUUGCUAGUCCUUGAGACCUGUGCCGACUCCACACAGACUCUGAUCACCUUAGUCAAUGCUCUUAAGCCUCCGACACCUCCCUCCAAGGAAGAAAAGUACAGGUUUAAAGUGAUGCCCGUCGAAGACCUUCUAUCAUCGAUUUCAGCGGAAGCAUUCGGGAAUACAGAGGGUGACUAUGAUUUCGACCAAGAUUUCGCGGCCGCACAAGAGAUGGCAGGAAGCAGUAGUGAGGCUGAGUUCGGAAGUGACCAGUCAUUGAAUAUUGAUACUCAGUACUAUGGCGAUGAGUACAAAGGAGAAGAACUAUUCGACGCUAUGAAGUCCUCACAGAUGUCUGAUGGUACGACGAUGCAUGAUACAGCUGAAGGCGUUCUUUUGACAGGCUUCAACCCUGAACCCAGCACGACGUCUGAUAGCGGAGACGAAUUGGUCAUCCAUGAAAACUACUAUGGAGAAGAGUCUAAGUCCAACUCGACAGCUCAAAUAUGGAACUCCACCAAGGGUACAUACGACAAAGCCUCUCCUCAGCUGGUCAAACGAAGCCCCAUCAGGAUCUCUGCCAAAGAUGUUCACUUCAUCUGGCACCUAUUCGAUGGGUAUGAUUGGGCUCACACGCGGGAUGUCAUUAGCCAGGCUGUCCAGAGCGUGGAAGACAGGGCUCUACAGUUCCAGACUAAUCGUGAUGGUUUCGACAUACACGAAGAAGAACUCGAGGACGAAGAAACUAUUGGUGAUUUCCUGUUCAAUUCGAUAUACAUCGGUAUACCCGCCAGCCGCCAACCAGGUGAUCUAACACAAGCCAUCAAUCAAGAGUUGAAUAACGACAACGCUACCGAAACCGAGUCCAUCGCGACCACUGCCUUUACUGAUGCAUCAAAUCGAACGGCACGACCUCACCAGACCCGGAAAAAACGGCUCCGUCUUAACCGCAGCAAGCACCACAAGAUGUCGUUCGAGCUGCAGGGAAUCAAUGCAGACAUUGUUGUCUAUCCUGAAGAUGCAGGCGAAACGCAAAGCAGCGUCGAUGUACGCGUGAAUAGCCUGGAUAUCUUUGACCACGUGCCGACAUCGACUUGGAGAAAGUUUGCAACCUAUGACCGGGACACGGGAGAGCGAGAGAUGGGCACGAGCAUGCUCCAUCUGGAGAUUCUUAAUGUCAAACCCAUGCCCGAGCUUGUGGCAUCCGAGAGUGUCCUGCGAGUCACUGUGCUACCCCUGAGGUUGCACGUAGACCAGGAUGCACUGGACUUCCUCACGAGAUUUUUUGAGUUCAAGGAUGAAAAGGUGCCGGUUCAUGCCUCGCCUAGCGAUAUUCCGUUUGUGCAACGAGCCGAGAUCAACUCGAUUCCAGUCAAACUUGACUUCAAACCCAAGCGGGUAGACUACGCCGGACUGCGGUCUGGUCGCACCACCGAAUUCAUGAACUUUAUCGUAAUGGAUGAAGCAAGGCUCGUCUUGCGCCAUGUGAUCAUUUAUGGUAUCUCAGGGUUCGAUCGCCUUGGUAAGACGCUCAACGAUAUCUGGAUGCCGGAUGUGAAAAAUAACCAACUGCCUGGAGUCCUUGCUGGAUUGGCUCCGGUCCGCUCCUUGGUCAACAUUGGUAGCGGCUUCAAAGACCUGGUGGAGAUUCCCAUCCGUGAAUACCAGAAGGACGGCCGAGUCUUGAGAAGCAUUUCAAAGGGAGCCGCUGCUUUUGCAAAAACGACUGGAACGGAAAUUGUCAAGCUGGGGGCGAAGAUUGCUGUUGGUACACAGUACGCCCUUCAAGGAGCAGAGGAUAUGCUCACUCAACAAAAUCAAGGGGCUGGGAGCAGCUGGGAAGACGAUGAUGCUGAUCCGGACGACAAGAAGCAAAUUUCUCUUUACGCAGACCAACCACCCAGUGUCGUCCAGGGCUUGCGAGGAGGAUAUCGUUCCUUGGCUCGAGAUCUCAAUGUGGCCCGAGAUGCGAUUAUUGCAGUCCCGGGUGAGGUGAUGCAAAGUCAAUCACCAGGUGGCGCAGCCAGAGCAGUUUUGAAGCGGACACCGACAAUCAUUUUCAGACCAGCUAUGGGUGUCUCGAAAGCUAUUGGGCAGACACUCUUGGGCGCCACCAACGCUCUAGAUUCGCAACACCAACGAAGAAUAGACGAGAAAUACAAAACACAUUAG